AUGUCGGACGACGACCAGGAUUUCCUCGACUCUCUAGAAAAAGAGGCCACCGAGUAUAACAAGGAUGUCGAGAUCGACCGCAUUCGCAAGGCAUUCAGCCUCGAUUCUUACGCCGUCCUAGACCUCCAACCCGGUGUUACGGAAAAAGACAUCAAAGUCCAAUACCGCAAGAUCUCGCUUCUCAUUCACCCUGAUAAAACCAAGAACCCCGCUGCUCCAGAUGCCUUCGAUCGACUCAAGAAAGCACAGACAGCUCUUCUAGACGAGAAGCAACGCGAAUACCUAGACGAAUGUAUCUCCGACGCGCGCCGCCUGUUGAUCCGUGAACACAAAUAUACACUCGACUCCCCCGAGCUGAAGACCGAAGAAUUCAAGGUCGAAUGGCGGAAGAAGACGGUCCAAGUGCUAUUGGAAGAAGAAGCGCGACGCCGGCGACAACUCAAGGCGCGCUUGCAGGAGGAAGGUCGUGAGCAACGGAAGGAAGAGGAAGAGCUUGAGGCGCGCAAGCGGAAGCGCGACAAUGACAAGAAGUGGGAGGAUACGCGAGAAGAGCGCAUUGGUAGCUGGCGGGAUUUCCAGAAGGGACGCAAACCUGGUGGUGAUGAGAAGAAGAAAAAGAAGAAGAUGAAGCGACGAAACAAUCCCCCUCUCCCAGCCGUGAUCGCACGAAUCCACGCCCGCGUACAAGCCUUCCUAAACGAAUCCCACGCCCCGGACACGCUGCUAGCCUCUGUGCAACGACAAACGCGCAUCUCUCUAGAAGUAGUCAGCACCGCGCUGCAGCGAUACAAGCUCUCGGAACUCUCCGUCUCCUACAACGGCGGCAAGGACUGUCUAGUCCUGCUGAUUCUGUUCCUGGCCGGGUUGCACCCAACCAGCGCCCGCAAUGAUACGAACCCCUCCCCCGCAGACCUCGAAGCCGAGGCCCAAAUAGCCGCUGCGACGGUCAUCCCGGCGAUCUAUGCGCUCCCGCCUGAUCCCUUCGAUGCAGUCGAAGACUUCGUCGUCUCUUCUGCUGAAGCUUAUCAUCUCGCUAUUACAAAGUACACGACUGCGCCGCCGGAUUCGACGCUCCGGUCGAGCUUUGAGGAUUAUCUGGCGCGUCACCCUGGGAUUCGGGCGAUAUUUGUUGGUACACGGCGGACGGAUCCUCACGGUGCGCAGUUGACGCACUUUGAUCGGACGGAUGGGGGCUGGCCUGAUUUUGUUCGUGUGCAUCCCGUGAUUGAUUGGCAUUAUGCGGAGAUUUGGGCGUUCAUUCGGCACCUGGGUCUAAAGUAUUGUUCGCUCUAUGAUGAGGGAUAUACUAGUCUUGGUGGUACAUCUGAUACCCAUCCUAAUCCGAGAUUGCGGACUGGGGCUCAGGCUGAUGGACAGUAUCUUCCUGCUUAUCAGCUCACGGAGGAUCUAGAGGAGAGGCUUGGGCGCAAUUGA